AUGUCGAAUCCCUUCUUCGGCAGCUCAUCUCCGCAUGAGCCGGCGGAAGAAACGGCAGAGGAGACGAUAUUAUCAGGGCAGCCCGUUAUCUUCGUCCUACCUACUCAUUUGGCUUUGGAGAAGUUACACGACACGGAAAAUCGCCUGGUGCAAUAUGGCGGUAAACUCACCUAUGACAUUGCAGAAGCUAGUGUCAUCUUGGGGAACAUUGGCCAGAAGAAGAGAGCGGCGCUAGAGCUGCGUUCGCGGGGAAUCUGGACGGAGGAGAUACCAAUCACGUUGACAUCACCUUCAAAGGUAUCAAGGUCAGAUCAAGAGCCACCGGUGAAACGAAGAAAGAUCUGUGUCGGUGAUUCAGCAAGCAAUACAAGAGUUGAGCCUGUUGAUCUCAGCACAGAGUCGGAAUCUGAGGAAGAUGGGGUCAGGAGUCGACAUGAUACGGGUCAACACCUAGUGCAACCAACGAAGGAGCCUACAGAUACAGUUACUCUUCUCAAGCUGGAAUGGCUGGACAACUCAAUCACCGCUGGCAAGGCUCUUCCUUGGGAUUCAUUUGUGGUCUACAGGGGCAAAAAGACCGCCCCUCCUACCUCGGCUCGUCCUGCAACAUCGCCUUCACACAGAGCUACCAGCGGGAUCAUUCAGCGUGCGAAAGGGGACGCGGCUUCACAGCCUUUACCGGGUCCAAUGGACCGCUUCCAUACUCGCAGAUCCAAGGAGCCCUCUAGUGGCAGCAGCAGCCAGCGACAGCCUCCAACCUUGUAUCGUGAGACAACCUCGGAACACGAUGAGGACGUUCCCCCACCACCCCAGCCCGAUUGGGUUCGAGAUCACGUCCUGUACGCAUGCAUGCGCUCAGCUCCAUUACAUCCGCCAAACGAAGAGUUCAUCUCUCAGCUCGUGAAGAUCCGACGCAUCCGGGAACUCACACUCGACGAGAUCGGUGUGCGAGCGUACAGCACCUCCAUAGCGGCAGUAGCAGCAUAUCCGUACGUCAUUCGUCGGCCAAGUGAGGUGCUCGCUCUCCCCGGCUGCGAAGCGAAAAUUGCAAAUCUCUUCGCGGAGUUUCAGCAGCAUGGCGGCUGUAACCACACCGAUGACAACGGGAACAUCGCCGCUGCCAACGAUCUAGAUACCGACCCUGUUUUACGCGUCCUGAACACCUUCUACCUAAUUUGGGGGGUGGGAGCCAAAACCGCCAGAGACUUUUACUACCGCCGCGGCUGGCGAGACCUUGAUGAUAUCGUCGAACACGGAUGGAACUCCCUGUCUCGCGUACAGCAAAUUGGCGUGAAGUUCUACGAGGAAUUCCUAGCCGGUUCCGAAUCCAUUGCCGAGAUUGUGCGGCGACACGCGAACAAAGUCCGGCCCGAAGCCAACGACAAAAUCGAGUGCAUUAUCGUCGGUGGCUACCGCCGAGGCAAGGAGUUGAGUGGCGAUGUGGAUCUUAUACUAACGCACCACGACGAGGAGAUCACCCACGGCCUCAUUGUCGACGUUGUUGCCAGCCUUGAAGCAGAGCUCUAUAUCACGCAUACCCUCUCGCUGCAUCUAACAUCUACACUACGCGAACAACAAACACUGCCAUUCCGCGGUGAUGAGACAGGAAAGCACUUUGACUCCCUCGACAAAGCCUUGGUUGUUUGGCAGGACCCAAACUUUGACGACUCCGACUCUGACUCUGACUCCACAGCCCUGCAAGGUGCAAGCACGCAGAAGAAGAACCCGAAUACCCAUCGACGCGUCGACAUAAUCAUAUCACCUUGGCAUACAGUUGGCUGCGCUGUGCUAGGGUGGUCUGGAGACACCACCUUCCAGCGGGAUUUGAGACGGUACGCAAAGAAGGCACAUUCGUGGAAGUUCGACUCCAGUGGUGUGCGUGAACGUACUACUGGGGGCCAGGUGGUAGAUCUGGAACGCGGUGGGGAGACUUGGCAACAAAGGGAGAGGUUGGUCAUGGAAGGGUUAGGAGUUGGAUGGCGACCCCCGAGGAAAGAUGUACUCGCUGAAGAAUGUUUCCAAUCAGCCCGAUCCUAUUCUCCUUGGACUGGAUUUCUGCUCCGUCUGGAGCUGGAUAUACAUAUAGUCUACGAUUUGAUCUUAGGUUGUUCUCCAUUUCACCCGCCACCGUAA